AUGGGGAUUUUGCUAGAUCCCAAAAUUCGCGACAAUGUGCUGCUGCCAAUUUUUGUGGUGGUUGUCCUGACAUCUAUGAUUCGAUCGAGCCUGAUGAUACUCUUCAAAUCGGACCCCAAAGUGGAUGUGAAAGAAGUGAAGACGCAAAGCAUGCUUGGGAGAUGCAAGAUGCUUCGUGCAGCAUCCCACUUUCUCACUGAGAAAGCAUUCAAGUCCCGCAAGGCAUAUUUUGUCAAGAAAGAUGUAGGUGUCUUGGUGAAGUCUGUGCCCAAGGCGAAAGACCCAAUGGAAGCCUUAUCUGCAGGAUCAGAUCCAAUGGCAGCGACGGGGAUGAUGAAGGGGCAAAUGGUCUUCAUGGUCUCUCAAGGGCUGCUAGCAUACUGGGUUUCUCACCUCUUUUCGGGCUUUCUGGUGGCAAAGACUCCGUUUCCAUUGACAUUCCAAUUCAAGGGGAUGCUGCAACGAGGAGUAGAAGUGACAGCACUAGAACCGGGGUACGUCUCUUCAUUGUGUUGGUACAUGUUUGUGAUGAUGAGUAGUCACAGCCUCAUCGGAUUGGUACAGUCAUUCUUCACCAAGUCGGACGUUGAAGCAGAGGAUCCGAUGAUGGCUAUGAUGGGAACCAUGGGUGGAGCACCCAUGAUGCCAGGCGGUGGACCUGAUCCUGCUAAGGUCUACAAGACUGAACAAGACAAUUUGGAGAUGAUUUUGCACGAGUUUGUCCUUGAGAAUGCAUGCAGAGCAAGAGCGCGAAGACGUCGCUACAUGCGCAAAACGGAGGCAGAAUACAUACAGCUGGAGGAUGUCUUCCUUUCAGAACCGCUGGAAGGACCUCAUUUGUUCCAGCUUGGGGCUGCUCUAGAAAGUCUAUCGCUUGAUGGUGUGGGUGUGAUCCCAACUGACACGCAGCACGCUUUCGUCACUGCCAUUAGCAGCAAAACCGGAACGCAGAGGAUCUAUGAUAUCAAGGGUGUGGCGACCGACCAGCGGAAACCCUUGAGCCUCCUGUGCUCAGAUUUGUCCAUGGCGUCCCACUAUUGCGACAUGACAGCCAUCCCUCGACGUUGGUUCCAGGCAAUGAAAUCUUGUCUUCCAGGACCCUACACAUUCAUAUUGCGUGCCUCAGCGGCUGUGCCGCGCGUGGUGCUUGAACACAAGGCCCACUUGAAGAUCUGGAAACGACGGGAGGUUGGCAUCCGAAUCCCAAACAAUUCCAUUGUUUCACAGAUGGUUGAAGAUUUGGCAGAGCCUUUGCUCGCUUCGUCAGCGCCUGCAAAUGCAUUUGAGAUCUGGGAGCAGGACAGGUCAAAACUAGACUUUGUGGUAGGCGUGGAAGCGCUUGAUGCUCCGAACGACCUUGACAGAGUUUCAACUGUCUUGGAUCUGACUAUGGAGGAGCCAGUGCUCCGAAGACAGGGUGCUGGAGAUGUCUCCAUAUUUGAAGAUGUCAUUGAGGCAACAGUUUUCCAGUCAUAG